AUGCUACGCAAAAAGCUUUCCAGAUCCGGCACACUCUUCGCCUCUUAUUUGGCGAAUAUGAAUGUAACCGAUAACACUUCCUCCUCGGGUCCUGGUUCUAUCACGCCACAACAGUUAAUCAACUUGAAGGGAGACGCGUUACCUGACAAUCUGAGGGUCGAUAUUCUGAUAAAGAAAAUCGGUGCGGAAUAUUCAUGGCACAAUGACCAAAUGAAGUCGGAUAUAGCGGUUCUGCUUCGAAACCGAAUUUACACCGUAAGGGACCUUCGCAUACUGUCAAAAGAAAGUUGGAAGGUGAUCUUUUACGUGAUAAUAUUGAUGGCGGUCGCCGAGACUUUGGUUCGUGUAUUCAAACGCGAUUCUGUUCAAACCUUUAGGCUAACAAUCGUUUGUGUAGAUGAUGAUUUCGUGGACAAGAGAGUGGGAAAAAAACGAGAAAAAAGAGAUGUACUGGAGAUUAGGAGGGACAUGGACAAUGCAAACAACAUAAUCAAGGAAAUUCGACCCGUCAUUUCCGAAAAUAACAGUGAGAACGAGAUCAUUGUGAAAUCCAUUUACAAAGAAGAAAAGUUGCAGAUGCAGCAAGUCAGAACCUCGAUUGAACAAACGGAACUUUUCUUACCGCCGCCAAACAAAAUGGCCAUUAGCGGCGAUAGGAUGAAAGUGAAAACUUCGAAUGGCAAAAUUUAUGAAGUUGAUAGAUUGUGUCCACAUGCAAAAUCUGAUCUUAGUACACGGGGUCGAAGCUAUUCUGCACGAAACAUUGUUUGGCAUUUGAUCUUGAAAAUAGUGGAAAAUGUACUUCGAAGCAUGAAAAAAUCACGAUUAACGCCUGUCCCGUUUAUGAAUGGUGAAGUUAUGUUCGAUUCUUCUUCGUAUGGAUUCCCGGUGAAUUCUCGAAAUGAAAACGAUUAUCUUAAUCGUUAG